UGCUGGCUGUGGCGGCGGCGGCGGCAGCAGCAGCCACAGCUGAAGCCAGCAGAAGCCAGCGGAAGGAGCUGAGAGCAGCAGCAGAGCUGCCUUCCUCCUCCUCCCUCCGGCCGGAGAGACCAUCGCCAGCCCCAGCUUGUCCCCCAAGCACGGCGAAAGGGAGAAAGCCCAGCUCGCCCUCCAGAUGCGCUGCUAAGCCUGCCCUGCCCCGGCGACUUCUCCUAGCCGGGCUGGGGGAAGGCGGACCCGGGGAGGGGGGGCAGGCAGCGCUCGGAGUCUCUCCUGCCUCCCUUCGCAACCGCUAUGGAUCUAUUCGACUUUUUCAGGGACUGGGACUUGGACCAGCAGUGUCAUUAUGAACAAGAUCGGAAUGCACUAAAGAGGAAAGAAUGGGAACGGAGAAAUCAAGAGGUCCAGCAGGAUGAAGACUUCUUUACAUCUGGCUUUAACCUCUUUGGAGAACCCUACAAGACUAACAAAGGUGAUGCUCUAGCCAACCGUGUCCAGAAUACCUUGGGGAACUACGAUGAGAUGAAGGACUUUCUGACCAACCAUUCCAACCAGAGCCACCUUGUAGGAAUCCCACAGAAUUCCGUGCCACAAACUCCAGUAGAUAAAAAUGAACAGACAUUUUUCCCAGAACAAAGGAACCGGAUGGUCCCGCCCCACCAAAUCACAGGGCACUCCUCAGCUUCGAUGCCGCCCCCUGCGGCUAUAUCAUCCAGUUCAAGUUUAGUGCACAGUCACCAGAGCAGCAGGAAAUCCAGGACAGACUGGUCCCGUGUCAGCCACAGCUCAAACGGUGGUCAGCCAAGUCAGUCCGGGAGUGGGCAAAGUCGGACAAAGCACAGCUCAUCCCACGAACCUCCACAAGGCAGGUAUGAUGACCGCUAUGCUUGCCAAAGCGAGCAGCAUAAACCCGGAGGAGGUGAUGAAGCCAACACAACGCCAUCCUCAUCACACUCGAGGAGGCAUACCCAUUCAAAAUCAGUGGUGGCAGAACACUCUUACAAAGAAAGCAGCCACUCAAAGUCUCCAGUGGAUCUCGAGUUUCUGGGCCAUGGACCUGGAUCUCCACUCCCAUCUACAUCCUUGUUGUCAGGAAACAGUGGUCUUUCGACUCAAAAUUUCUUGCCAGGCCUCCACUGUAAGGGCAGCAUGACUCAGCAAAAGCCCACCGCUUACGUUAGGCCAAUGGAUGGCCAAGACCAGGUUCCCAACGACUCACCGGAACUGAAGAUGCCAAUAGAAAUUGAAGGCAUUUAUGGAACCCAACCUUUUGGGAUUCCACUGGAAGGAAAGACCACUGGACCCAGCUCAAAGAAUAAACUACCAAAGCUUAACAUUCCUCAAGCUAGUGAAGUCAACCUUCUCAGUGAGUCCAAUUGUGUGGAUGACAUACUGCGGGAACAUAAGGAACAUGGGGAAGGGCCAUGGCAAAGUGGUACAGCAUCUGAUAUGCAAACAGAAUGUCCCAGGUUCAGUCCUCAGCAUCUUCAGGAGAUGACCCAUUCCUGGCCUCCACCACUUACUGCUAUACACACACCUGGAAAGGCUGAACAGAAUAAGUUUCCCAUUUCAGGCAAGGCACAGGAUCCACAGCAUCUAACCUCAGGAUGUGGAGUUCAAAAAUGGGGAGAGCCAGCUGGCAAAGUUGCAACCAAAUCAGUGCCACAGAAAUCAAUGCUUGAAGAUGAUCUGAAACUCAGCAGUGAUGAAGACGAUAAUGAGCAGACUGCAGAGAAGACAAAGCCUCGAAACAUUCCUGUAAAUGGCCUAGUGUCGCCAGCAGCACACAACCCAGUCUUAAUACAUUCCAGUGGAGGUUCUGGGAGCUCUAGUGAAUCUGAAAGCAGCUCGGAGUCUGAUUCAGACAGUGAAACCAGCUCCAGCGACAGCGAAUGCAACAAAGAACCGUGCAAUGAAACACCAAAGCCUGAACCUCCCUCAGCAAACAAAUGGCAGUUGGUGAAAUGGUUAAAUAAAGUCAAUCCCCACAACAAAAUGAUCAUCAGCAAGCAGCAUGAGAGUCAUGGUGAGAGCAGCUCUCAGUCUCAGAGCAACUCACAGGCUGAAGGACAAAACAAAGGGAAAGCGGCUAGCACCCUGCCUCUGACUGAUUCCAAAGACAGGGCGCUCCGUAACCCCGUUUCAGAGAAAGCCAAACCCCGUGUUGCCCAGAAAGCUCCACUAGAGGCAAAGAGUUCCAAGCAGAAAUCACCAGCUCACAAUGAACCAACCACCCAAAGGACCACCGGGAAAAAGCAACCCAAAAAGAUAGAAAGGACUUCCAGUGUAGAAGACUACAAUUGGACCAAACCAAAUAUUACCAGCACACCCAAAGAGAAGGAAACACAAGAAGCCCAAGAGCAGUCAAAAGUCCGCCCAAAAAUAACUGCCGGAAAGACUGCUCCACGUAAAGAGCCAAGAAUGACCACAGGGCCAGCACCUGAGAAGAAAAAGUAUAGAGGCGCUGGCAAAACAGUUCCCAAGUCUCGGGAAUUUGUGGAAACAGAUUCUUCCACAUCCGACUCAAACACCGACCAGGAAGAAAGCUUACAAGGCAAGAACCUGCCAUCUUGCAGUGGCCCCAGCAGUGGCACCAAAGCCAAGAACUCCAGCAGCAACAUUCUCAGUGUCAGCAGCCUAACGAGCAACAGCAGCAAUGUGUCCGUCGACCAAAGCAAUGACUUGGAGGAGCCGUUUCUAUCCCCAAUACAACUUCUGCAGAGUGAACCCAUUUCUCCCCUAAGAGAGUUUGAAGGGCGCAGGCACCUCUGGGUGAAGAUAGACCUGGAUCUAAUCUCUCAGGCCUCCAAUCAAAGUGUCUUUGAGGCCAUACCCAGGAAAAUGGAGCCCUGGGAGGCCAACACAAAGCACAGGCGACAGUCCCGAGAGUCCCCAACACCAGUGACCGAAAAACCCAACCCAAAGUUGAAGAGGAAGCACAAGCAGUCUGAAAACCAAGACACGCUUGGCGAAAACAAGAAACAGCGUUUGGAGGAAGCUGCUGCAAUGUGUUUGCUUCCACCCUGCAUCUCCCCAAUACCCAACCACAGAGUACCAAGUACUAAAGACACCGGCUCAGCGAAAAAGGCAACAAGGAAAAGGGAAGAGAAGCUGUUUCCACCCCCGUUGUCUCCUCUGCUCAAUGAGACGGCAGCCCGGCGGAGCAGUGGCAGUGGCAGCUCCUUUGGCCAAGAGAACAACCUCUCAAAUCCCUUGCAGGCCAGCACCUCCUCCAAACACCGGAAAAAUGAGAACAAACCCGCUUCUAGCACAAAGGGGAGCUGUGAGGAAGAUUCCCACAGCAGGUCCUCAAAUGCUCUGCCCGACACCAGCCACCCAGAGAGUGGCACCUGGCCUGCCACUCCUGCCUUCACCAAUGGGAAUCGUGAUCCAAGGAGACCUAAAAUAACAUUUGAUGAUACGCUUCGCAAUGCAGAUCACUACAUGCAAGAGGCCAAGAAGCUAAAGCACAAAGCAGAUGCCCUGAUGGAAAAGUUUGGCAAAGCAGUGAAUUAUGCUGACGCUGCCCUUUCCUUCAUCGAGUGUGGCAAUGCUAUGGAGCGCGAUCCAUUAGAGGCGAAAUCUCCAUACACUAUGUACUCUGAGACUGUGGAACUCAUCAGGUACGCCUUGAGACUGAAGAACUUCACUUCCUCUACAGCCACAGAUGGAGAGAAGAAACUGGCAGUUCUAUGCUACCGAUGCUUAUCCCUUCUCUACCAGAGAAUGUUUAAACUAAAGAGGGAGAAUGCUAUGAAGUACUCCAGAUCUCUUAUGGAAUACUUUAAGAAUUGUUCCAAAGUUUCACAGGCCCCUUCUCCUUGGGGAGGCAAUGGAAAGAGCACAGGAACACCAUCUCCCGUGUCUCUGAGCCCAUCGCCCAUUGGCUCAGUUGGGAACGCCAUGGGUGCUUCAGGAUCCUCCUCAUCAGGGAACGUAAACAUUCCCCAGCGCAUCCACCAAAUGGCAGCCAGCCACGUCAACAUCACCAACAACAUCCUGCGAAGCUAUGAGCACUGGGACAUGGCUGACAAGCUGGCGAGAGAAAACAAAGAGUUCUUCACAGAGCUGGACUUGGUGAUAGCUCCAUUAUCGCAACACAGCAGUAUGACCCACCUGGUCCGUUACGUUCGGCAAGGACUCCAUUGGCUUCGCAUUGAAGCACACUUGUUGUAGUCACUGCCAUCCUGUCCAUCACAGCUCCAUCCUGUUACCUCCACCGGCACACAGGUGAUCACCGAUGGAAAGCCACUCUUUUCUGGGACUGUAUUCAUAGAGGGUUUUUUUUUUUGCCUUUUUUGCCUUCUUUAAAACAAAACAAAAUUAUCUGUUAGAAGUGGAAUUCACUAUAAAUUGAAAAUAUAGAUGCUGAGCAGGGUAUUUGUUUGUUCUGGUUUAAUCAGUAUGGAUUCUCUUUCUCUUUUUAUUAUUAUUAUUUUUGCCUUGCAUCUCUUGAAUUCUGCCACUCUUGCCUUCCAUAACGUGCUUUAUGGAAUGGGCAGUUCCCUGCAGUAUUGCACUUUGUUGAAGAUAUAUACGUUUUUGUGAAAAUGUCUUGAAUCUGAACAAAAAUAAACGUGUAGCAGUUCAA